UUCCCAAGAGCUGUUCUUUCCAGGAUCAAAACGACUGGACUUGAGAAUGGUUUCGGAUACUGAGGCGGAACUGGCCAAAAGUGUAUUAGUGAUGGCAUCAUAUUUUUAGCAGCACAGAUUGGACCAAGGGGAACUUGGAUUUAUGGAGGAUGGAUGUUUGUUCUUGACCCCCUGCUCACAGUCGUCCGUUUUGGUUGUGUGCUGUGAAAUAUGGGUCAGGCACAAUCGGGCUCUGACCAUGAAGUGUCUCUACAGAAUAUCCAAGAAUUGUACCGCAGGUUCACCAGCGAGUGUCCGAGUGGGAAUCUACACCUCCAUGAGUUCAAGAGAAUAUUCGGCAUUAACAGCGUCUCCAUGGAGGAAGAGUCUGCCUAUCUGGACAAUGUCUUCCGCUCCUUCGAUACCAACCAGGAUGGGAAACUGGACUUCAUGGAGUAUGUGGCUGCGGUGCAUCUGGUUCUUCGGGGGAAGCUGGAAGACAAGCUCAAAUGGUCUUUCAAAGUCUAUGAUGGAGAUGGAAACGGUUGUCUGGAAAAAGAGGAAGUGAGACGCAUCCUUAAAAUCAUAAACAAGAUAAAGCGGCACCAUGAUCCCGACGUCUCAGAAAAUGUCGACGAUAUCUGUGAUCGAAUAUUUAGCAUGGUGGACAAAAACCAAGAUUUUUCUUUGCCUCCUUCAUGCUCAUCACAACCAUCGCCACGCUCUUAGCAAAAUCCACCGCUACCUGCCACAGAGUUCCUGAUUUCCCCCUGUUCUCCUCACCCAUAUGACCACUGGACUCUGCUCACCACACAAGUUUGCUCCUUGUCUUUCUCCUCUCACACACCUCCUACUUGUGAGGCGUUAGCAUCACAUUCACAAAGACUGCGUGUUUAUUUUUGAGGAUUUGCAAACCUACCUAUAAUGUAUAAUAUCUUAUAUAAACCUUGCUUCAGAAAACUUCAUUGUACAUUAUUCCACAUUAUUCAUGUGGUCUAAGUUGCAUGUCCUUCACUGCAGACUCCCUCUGAGACUUCUUGGUCUUUGUCUUCAGAUUAUGAAGAGGCUGAAGCUGCUACUGCAUUUGCUGCCUCUGUCUCGUGCCUUGACUUUACAGAGGAAACAAGGAGCUGGUUUGCUUGCAAUGUGCUGAUGUCACAGGCAUCAACAUUAGCAACAUCAGUUCCAGGGAUUGUCUAAAAGGCCACACUAACCAACCGACCUUGACAUGGUUCCAUCCCAUGACAAGAACUGUGAAUCAGGCUUUCAUUCGCUACUAAUGUUGGAGUGAAAAUGCGUUGAUGAUGAACUCUCAUAUUAAUUCAUCACAGUGCUGAGGCUUACACCUGUUGCAAGGGAGAGAAGAGAAUGGUUCCCGAGAGCUGCCCAAAGAUCCGGAGUGAGAGCUCAGAUGGUUCUUGGAAAAGGAUUUAAUUCCUCAGCGUGAACGCACUCUGAAAAGGUUGAUUUCCCGAUAGGGUUCAAGGAAAUAAAACGAAAGAGGAUUAUUCAGAAAGAAUUCAGAAAAAAGAAAGAUAGAACUGGACUGGAAAGUUUGUUUGACUCUGUGAAAUCCACUAUUGACACAGUCAAUCUUGAGUGUAACUGAAGAUUAAUAGUAACUGAUAAUUCCCCAGGUGAGAUCUCUCUGGAGGAGUUUAUGGAAGGUGCCAAGAAAGACCCAUGGGUGUUGGACCAGCUUAAACUGGACAUCAGGCCGUGCGACUGGUUCAUCAAGCAACAGAAGAAGACUCACAUGCCUUACAAAUGAAGGCAUGUGGUAUUUGGAGAGACCUUGCAGAUUCAACAAUAUCAACAUACCAAACGUUUGCACAUGUAUGAGCAGGCUGUACUUGCUUGUAAGUUUGACCAAGUCAUGGUCGGCCUUCCCCAGGAUAUGUGCCUUGUUUCUCAUCCUUUCACGAUAUCAAAGGACUUUGAGGUUCAGUCGUGGCACCUCUUGCUAAAUGCUUUUUUUUUUACAAGGCAAAUUAAGUGUUUGUCAUCCGUGGUGUAAAAUCUCUCAACAGGCAGUGUAUUUAUUUUUGAACUGUCAUCAAUCUGAGUGCCAGUUACUUAAAUUAUUUGAUUUAAUGUUCAUUGUUUAGCUGUUUCAGCAGACAUUCCUCACCUCUAGGUCUGUUCAUUCACUUCCAUCGUGGCCUAAGUGUCCGCCACAGUUAACAAGAACUCAACUGUGACUAAAGUUGGUAGGAAACCAUGGCAGUAAUCUUGUCCCGCUACAGCUUACUGUUUGGCUUGAUCCCGAUUUACUAUCCUGAGACUCCUUAAGACUCUUUACCUGGAGAAUUGAUAUGCGUUACCUUCACUGACGUCACUUGUACUAUAAUAAACUAAAAAAUAAACUAGUAUAUAUAUAUAUAUAUAUAUAUAUAUAUAUAUAUAUAUACUAGUUUAUUUAUUUAUUCAUUAAUUUAUUUAGUAUUUAUAUAUUAUUUAUUUAUUUUUGGGUACUGAUGCCAAAUGUGUAGACAGGUUUUUUGCCAUUUCGUGUUCCAGGAGGCUUUUCUAUAUGGCAUUUGGAUACGACCGUGAAUGUAGUAAACCUGAAUAUGGAUGAGUGCCUCUCUCAAAUGAACCACUUUUCCCUUAUAUAUAGUGACAAACAACAAAGCAUGCAAUAACUUAAAAUGUGCUAUGAUUUGUCAGUGGACUGCUGCACUUCAUGGAUACAUUUUGCCAUUCAUUCAAAAUAUAUAGUUUUGUUGUGGGAAAUAGCGGCAAUAAUCUUGAGACUGUUUAGAGUUGAUGUUUUCAAUAAAGUUGAAUGACACCAUCACUUGCAUUUUUUUUCUUAUGCUUAUUGACACGACAGGCCUGUUCCCUGAGUCUUUGCCGGCGGAGGAUAUUAGGGAGCUCAGCAAAGACGCUUAGAAGCCAAGAUUAGUAAGGGAAUCC